AUGAAGGGACAUAUUCGCGUUUUGGUACGAGUGCGGCCGCCAUUUCGUCUUUUGCAUGAGCAAUACGUUGGAAUGGAAGGAAACAACCCAAUGUCUGUCCGUGACACUGUGGACGAGUCACGCAUGACGACAGACGAAAGGCGCAACACGAUUACUAUCACUGACUCUCGUGGGGAAUCGAAGCAGUUCAACUUUUACCGCGUCUUUUCGGAAAGCUCCACGCAGGCGGAAGUGUUUGUUGAAGUUUUGCCGCUUGUGCAACUUGCUUGCGAUGGGGUGAAUGUCUCGGUGUUGGCGUAUGGACAGACUGGGAGUGGCAAGACGUACACCAUAUUGGGCGGCGACGGGAAUCAAAGCAACACGGAGGCAAAGGGAGACGAAGGAAAUAAAGAAAACGAUGAUGAUGGAAUUGUACCGCGCUCGUUACGCAUGUUAUUUCAACACCUACAAGUUGAGGCAGCGACAGAGGCAGUCGUCAUGCCGCGUGAAGAUGACAAUUGUAAUGACGACGAACGCGCUUCCUCUACUUAUGAGGUUUCUUGUAGUCUUCUGGAAUUGUAUAAUGACAAGGUAAGAGAUUUACUUGCGCCCCCACAAGUGAUCAUCCCCAAUUUUCAAUUGCGCAAAAGUAACGUUUCAGAGCAACGUGGAAAAACACAGGUAACACCACAGUGUAAUUUGAAGAUUGGAUCCGAUGGCCUCACGCAUGUAGUGGGCCUUACACAACACGUGGUGUGUGAUGCAGGGGAAGCGCUGAGGACUCUUCGUGAAGGUGCCUCUCGACGUCAGGUCCAUGCUACACAACAGAACUGUCAUUCAAGUCGAUCCCAUCUCAUCUUCACUGUUUACCUCACACAGAAACGCCGCAUUCCCUUUCGAAACGACGCAUCCACCACACGUGCAUCGUCUACUUUCCUCAGGCAAAUGGAGAGCAAGUUGGUUUUUGUGGAUUUGGCGGGUUCGGAGAGGAUUUCAAAGUCACAGAGCGUGGGAGACCGCUUGUUGGAGGCACGACACAUAAAUAAGAGUCUGGCCGCAUUGGGUGACGUCGUGGCAACCCUCUCCAAUGCGACAAUAUCUAACACCGCAGCAGUUCAUGUUCCUUACCGGAACAGUACCCUCACUGGGCUUCUGCAGGAUGUGAUUGGGAACCGUAGCAAGACGGUGCUUCUCGCUUGUGUGGGUCCAAGUGAUCCGCCAUACGAGAAUAACACAGCCGAGACGGUGACCACGCUAAAGUUUGCCAGUCGAGUGAGGUGUGUACGAAACUUUGCGCCGCUAUUCCCAACAACAGGAGCAACUGGAGACGGUGAUCCCAUGAAGGGCCCCGGGACGGAUAAUUUGGAGCCGGAUGUGGAUCCCUCACACAUCUCCUCUUCCUUGGGACGGGGCGCCAAGAAACUGUGGAUGCGGCCGACAAAAUUGUCAAAACAAAGAACCAAUAUUGCAGCUCGUUUCAGACUUGUUGCGGCGAACGAGGCUGAGAAAACGGAGGACGGCGGACGGACGCGAUCACCCGCACCGUCCUGGCCACCGAAGGGCAAUAACCCUCAUGCCGAACAGCGACCUAGAAUGCGUUUUUAG